UUAGCGUUUCUGUCCUUGGUCGAAUCUCUCAUUGGCUGACGUCGUCCUCUUGCCAAGAAUCCAGCGCUUAGAUUGGCUGCUUGCUCUUGCCAGCUGUACUUCAAAGAACGCGCUCUCUACAACUAGGUAGUGUAGGAGCUCCGAGCCAAAGAGAGAAAUCGUGUGACCACGGAAAAGCAAAGUGUCUGAGUCGAAUUGGAAAAGUACACUAUUGUAGAAUUGUGACCAAUUCAACAUAGCAAAGACCCUGGAUAUGGCUACGUCUAUACUUGGGGAAGAACCACGAUUUGGAACUACACCUCUAGCUAUGCUGGCUGCUACUUGUAACAAAAUUGGCAAUACCAGUCCCCUUACCACUCUACCUGAUUCCAGUGCUUUUUCAAAAGGCGGAUUUCAUCCUUGGAAAAGAUCCUCCUCUAGUUGCAACUUGGGAUCCAGUCUCCCUGGAUUCACUGUAGCAACAAGCCGCGGAUCGACCGGACUAACAUCAACUACUGGCACAGGCAACAGCGCGUUCUGCUUAGCCUCCACCUCCCCGACCACAUCUGCGUUUUCCACAGAGUACAGCAGUCUGUUUUCCAACUCAGCAAGCAUUUCGUCUCAAGAGUCUGGGCAAUCAGCCUUCAUUUCCAAAGUCCACACAUCAGCAGAAACCUUGUACCCGAGGGUAGGGAUGGCACAUCCGUAUGAGUCGUGGUACAAGUCUGGUUUCCAUUCAACCAUCUCGGGCGAUGUUACUAAUGGGGCGUCCGCGUGGUGGGACGUUCAUACCAACCCUGGCUCAUGGCUCGAGGUCCAAAACCCUGCAAGCUCGCUGCAGACCUCCCUGCAUUCCGGGACCCCCCAAGCCAUACACUCUCAGCUCAGUGGCUAUAACCCUGACUUCUCCACUUUGACACACUCGGCAUUCAGCUCAACCGGUAUAAGUCCCACGGCAUCGCAUCUUCUAUCAACCAGCCAACACCUGUUAACACAAGAAGGAUUCAAAACAGUCAUUCCAACAUACACGGACGCCUCUGCCGCCAACGCUAUGAUUUCAGGUUCCAGUUCUGGUUCCUCAAGGUCAUCCAGGAGGUACUCUGGCAGAGCCACGUGCGACUGUCCGAACUGUCAGGAGGCUGAGCGGCUGGGGCCUGCGGGGGCCAGCCUCCGGAGGAAAGGACUUCACAGUUGUCACAUUCCAGGCUGCGGUAAGGUGUAUGGCAAAACCUCUCACCUUAAAGCCCAUUUGAGAUGGCAUACUGGCGAGCGGCCAUUUGUCUGCAAUUGGCUUUUUUGUGGCAAAAGAUUUACAAGAUCAGAUGAACUUCAGAGACACCUCCGUACCCACACCGGCGAGAAAAGGUUUGCUUGCCCAGUAUGCAACAAGCGCUUUAUGAGGAGCGACCAUUUGAGCAAGCACAUUAAAACCCACACUGCCGGUGGUGGUGAAGGCAAAAAGGGAAGCGACAGUGACACCGACACCAGUAACCUGGAGACCCCCAGGUCCGAGUCCCCAGAACUCAUUUUAGACGGGGUAAACCCCAGAAUCAAGGAUCCAUCUCCUCAUGACGAGCACUGAAUGGCUGUUAUUUGAAUGACCUUGAAACUAACUUUAUAAAGCAAAUGACCAGUAGGUUAUCAAAACUGGUACAUGUAUUAAAACGGGUCUGGGUUUGAGAGAUAGUAUUGGAGGAAAAUACGAUUUUACGCAAAGCAUUUGAAAACAAAAAAUAAUUCAAACUUAACACCAUAUUGAUUAUGUUCAACUCGUUAUUCACCAUCAAACGAAAAGCAGAAUUAUUCUAUAUUAUGUGAAAAUGACAUAACUAUAAAGCUGUCAACUUAAAAAUGAACCGCGGGGUACUUUUUACGAUCAGUGCUUAAAAGGGGCGAGCUAACCCAAAUGAACUUGGUUGGCCCAUGUGAGUCGCCAUCAUAUUGUACAUAUUGACAACAAACAAUGUGUUAUUUUCAUGUAAAUGUGAAUUAUGAUUGUUUUAUUCGUGUUUGGGAUCCUGAAAUUCAGGGAGUUUACUUUCAACGCACUUUGUGGAUAUGUAUGUACACAGCUUUUUAAAUUCAGUUAACCAUUUCAUUUCUUUGCUAAAAAAAUAUAUAAAUGUUUACUUGUAUAAAGUCA